AGGAGCAGGAGGAGACAGGAGCUGUCUCUCCGUCUGUCUGUCUGUCCGUCUGUCUCAAAAUACAUACAUGACAUUACAUUUACAUUGAAAUAAAACACAGCUGACAAGUAUUACAAUGCAGACGCGGAGGAGAGUCGGGUUUUGCUUGAAUGACAAGAAAAGGAAGAGGAUGAAUCUAGAGGCUUUUGCAGAACUUUGCAGGAAUCGAGGGAUUGAGGUGAUCCAGAUUGAUCUGAACCAGCCAAUCGCAGUGCAGGGCCCCUUCGAUGUCAUCAUCCACAAGCUCUCUGAUGUCAUGGUGGAUGCGGAGCACGACAGCCAAUCGCAGCAGCUGCUGGAACGAUUUGAGGGGUACACUGCGGGACACCCCCGCACUGUGCUGCUGGACCCCCUCCCUGCAAUGAGACGCCUCCUCGAUCGCUUUGCCUCCUACAGGAUCAUGGAGGGACUGCAGACUGCCAUCCCUGGUGAGUGGGUCUGCAGCCCCCCCUACAUGGAGAUCAAUUCGAUGGAGCUGAGUGAGAAACAGCUGGACAGAGCACAGCGCAGCCUCCCCUUCCCUAUCAUUUGCAAAACGCGAGUGGCCCACGGAUCGAGCUCUCACGAGAUGUCUCUGAUCUUUGGCCCGGCUGGUCUGUGGGACGCUCGCCCCCCCUGCGUGCUGCAGAGCUUCAUCAAUCACAGCGCCGUGCUGCACAAGGUCUUCGUGGUGGGAGGGGCUCACUUCACUGUGGAGAGACCCUCGCUCAAGAACUUCCCUCGGGGGCAUUCCGACAGGAAGACGAUCUUCUUCAACAGUCACGACGUGUCCAAGCCGGAGUCCUCCUCACACCUGACUGCGCUGGACGAGGAGGCCGCGCUGCCCCGCCCCCCCUGCGAUGAUGUCAUUGCCGCCAUAGUAACGGAGUUGAGGGCGGAGCUGGGGAUGUCACUGUUCGGAGUGGACGUGAUCGUCAACACUGAGACAGGGAGGCACACCGUGAUCGACAUCAACAUCUUCCCAGGGUACGAAGGGGUCCCCCAAUUCUUUUCUGCUCUGCUGAACCACAUCGAGGCUCUGCUGCAAGAGAAGGAAGGGGCCUGCGAGACCAGGGGCUCACCUGAGCAUCCAACCCAGGGAGGGGAGGUGGAGUCACGGCGAGUCACAGGAACCCCGCCUCUGAAAACGAGCGUCACCCCUACCCUGCCCCCCAGCGCUACACCCUGAUCGAGAGCUGGGCUGACGUUGAAUAAAUGGUUCCUCUUCCCUUAGAGCUGCACAAACAAACCCUCCUAUCCACAGAGGCGAGACUCAUGCACGCUGUGCUGAGAGCCCAUCCAGUCACAGCAUGUUACCAGCAGUCUGGCUGUUGGCUUGCCUUUCAUGAAUAGUUAUAUCCCCUUCACUCACUGUGUGUGCAAUUGCACAGGCUGAGUUACCUAUCUAUCUAGCUGUUGUUUUAUAAUGUAUAGAUGUAUUUAUACGGCAGGGUAACUUCUUGAAAUCUGUAGAGCUCACACACACAGUUUUAAAAUAAUAAAAAUAAAAAUGAAUAAAGAAUCGAAGGGGAUAUAUUAAUACAUCAUCAUGUACACAUUCCGUUUCUGUGCUGUAUAUAUUUACAUCAUUUUACAAGAAUUGUAUAUUAUACAUUAAAG